AGGACGAGAGACUCAGCAUACUUACAAUGCUUCGUUCUUAUUUCGCCUAGUACUAGUUCCACUAGUCUAGCGGCCUCCUCAUAGUUUUUGUGAUUGUGGAAUUCUCAUUCUCAACAGAGUGAUAGAUGAUACUAGGUAGAUGUGCAUGGUAGAAGAUAAAUGACUGAUCUUUUUAGUUGAUUGAGUAGAUGCUUUAUCGAAGAUGGCGAAGCUGUUGGACUUGUGUGCUGAGGACAGACAUCGAGUGGGCAAUCUGAUUCGAGCAGUUUCCGUCGAGCGCAACAAGCGGACAGAGCUUUCAGAACAAGUCGGAGAUCUCAAAUCUAAGUGUGCGAAGAGUCUGCAGCUCUUGCGUCGAUACCAGAAAGCAUUCAUCCAAAGGGAAUGGGAGGAGAAAUCGAAAAGUGCACAUGGUCCUCGUGGAGACGAAGAUGCCCUCGAUGGCUCGCAGUGGCAGUCGCAAGACGAUACUAAAACAGAGAAGCCGAGAGGCACAGUCACGUUUGUCGAGGGAGAUCAGGAAAAUCCGAACGAAAAGAUCGCUGCACGAUCGAGCAGUAGAAGAAAACGAGAAGUAGACAAGGCCGCCUCUUCUCCUGCGCCGGACACGCGGGAGCAUGGCAGCAGCAUACAAAGGGAGGGUAGAAGCAGUCCUUGGCGGAACGUCUUCACAACUUCUCAGAAUGAUGAUGUCGUUGUAGAUGUAGAAAAGAACUCACUCGAAAAACGUGGCUCAAGAUCUUCCACUUGUACUAGCGCUGAAUCUACUUCGUCUUCGUCAUCUUCCACGCGAGGUGCGUCCAAUGGUCGAAAGCCAAGUGCUAGCGGCGGCAGGCCCGCAAUCGUGCGAAAGGUACGACAUGAGGCAAUCGCAUUAGCGGAGAAACGACGUGGAGCCCAUAGAAGGCAUGGCACUAGGAGUGCCGAAAAUGCUUUUCAAGUAGAUCAUGAACGAGAACGACAAGUCGAAGGGGGUGGCCGCGGAAACAGCAAUCAGGAUGAGCGACGAGGCCGACGGCGAAGCACGACUGGAGAUUCCCAACUAGACAAGUCUGUUGGAGGUCGUUUUUUUCAGGAUACGCUAGUAGCACGAUCAACGCUACGACCAGCCCAAUUGGCUCUACUACGUCGGUUCAUGAAUCGUGGUUCACCGGAUGCGGACGCGGUUGAGACCACGAGUGAUAGAAGCAGAAAGAAUGCCGAACAAGAAUCAUGUCGAGCGCGAAGAAGAUCAAGGUCAUGUGCAAGUCGUGAAUCCCUGACGCGUUCCGUUUUCCAUUCAUCUUCAGGAAGUGAGUCUUCCCGUUCACGCAGUUCGUGUUCGUCCGAGGAUGUCGGUGGAGGUCAUUCUAAUGCAGCAAAUACGAAUGCUGCAUCGUCUUUGUCGAAGCGUUUUCUAACGGCUGCGAAGAUUAGCAGCAUCUCGAUCGCACCAUCCGGUAAAUGCAGAUCGUUGAGCAAAAAACAGAACGGGCGAAAAAAAUCUUCAUCAAGAGGACGUCCUCAAGGGCCACCUAAUGAGAAUAAAGGCGCCGUAGCGCAAAAUUCCGUGAAAGCCUUGACAUCUGGUGGUAUCUCGCAUAAUAAUGACAGUCCGGUCGUUGUUUCCUUACCGGAACCAGAUCUACCGACUUACUUUGACGACCCUCCGACUUGCAAAAACAAACUUCAGGCUCUUCAGAGUCCUUCAACUACAUCUUCAUCAUCGAGAAAAAUUGUGCCUGCAGCUGCAUCUGCAUCAAGCUCAAUGACUUCGACGCUUACAGGCACAGGCGACAAGAGGGAUGUCAGAGUAGGCCAACCCGACCAUUUUACAUCCCUCGGAAACGGUUUCUACGACUACUCGAUGUUUGAUGUCAUAGAUGCGCUUGAGAAGGAGGAGCACGUCGUGCAGGCACCGCCACCUGCAAGAAAUCGUAAUCGUCCCGCAGGACCUGCUAUUAACAACCUCGUAACAUCAGAUUCAGGACAAGAUCAACUUUAUUCUUCAAAAGCUGCCAGAUCUCCAAUUCUUGGUACAACAGGAACAGGCGGAAGCAGUGCUAGUAAUACUACGACUCUAGUACCACCAGCACCAAGUAGAAGAGAAGAACAAAGAAGCGCUUUAAGUGGUGCUUUCCAGAAGCAUGGUGAAGACCCGACUACACCAGAGAAACAACACCAUGAUCAUACGGAAGAGUCGAUGCCGAUCAUUAAUGCCGAGAUGUUAAGGGCGUGCUUGGAUAGUCGCGAGUUUUUGGCCACCAAACUUGGGAGCACAGGAGUCUUGUCGAACUAUGCACCGACUUGGGUAACUGCAGCAGACGAACACGAAGCUCUAGAGGUCGUAGAGGAGGAGCAGAAAAUGGCGCAAAAAAUGGAAAGACGUCAAAACCAACAACAAGGAGUAGUGAAAAGCAAAGCAGGACCGAGCGCUUCCUCUUCAUCUCAACAUGUGAAUAGAAACACGAACACCUCAGCAUUGACUUCGGCUUCGACAAAGCAUAUUAGACGAGGGCCUUCGAGAGUUACGACAGGAUCUGCAAGAGCGAGCAAAAAGAAUACUGCUGGACGACACGGCGCACCAGCUCCUCCAGUUUAUACGAAUCCAACUUCAACGACGAAACGAACGCAAAACGAAUCUUCUGAAAAGUCGUCGAACCCUGGCCCCAGCUUACGGAAAGCGUAUGGCACUCAGGUUUCGCGAGGAAGGCAUGCUGUUCCUGUCCCUACGCGCGUAGUACCCGAAACUGCAACAGUGGUGCCUGCUGUGGCUCCGGCGCAUACCUUUAAUUCCGCAUCUCGUUACAACGAUGGAGGCCCUGGCAAGGCGUCACUCACGAGAAAGGUACCGGCCGGCUUAUCUUCUGCUCAUCGAGAGGAAAUAGCCAAAAAAUGCGACCUUGCAGGUUCGUUCUCAAAAACAUCAGCAGUUCAUCGACCUAGGACUGUUACUGAUCAUCAUUUUCAUAUUAACUACCCGCAUACACCAACAACAACAAGUGGCCGUUAUCAAGGUCGGGAGAGUCUCCUGAGGAGCAGCCUCUCAAAUAAUAACAAUCGUUGGCCGUCAUCCUCAUCUCAUGAUAGAAAUAUCGAGCAAGAAGAAGAUUUCGAGUUUCACAUCGACAAGAACUGUGAGGAUUUGGAGGGUGAAGAUUACGGUGACUGCGGCGACCGCUUUGAGUCUUCACCAUACCCUUUCGGUCUCGGCUACUCGAACUCGACUUCUGCCAUGUGUGCCGAUCCUUUCAUGAAAGGUCCUACGGGGGUCUACAACAAAUGUAGUGGAGGCAUGAUGAACAACCGGCAGAGCAAGCAUCAUGACCACAUGAAUGAACAACAUGCUUCUUCCGCUGCAUUUCCUGGUUCUAGUGUUUUUCAUGGAGCUGAUCAGACAGGAGUACCGCAGAAAUACGAUUUGUACACUACUUCAAUUCGCAACGGCAUCCACAGAUACAGACGCACCACGACUGCAGUAGGGCCAACUACCGCGGGAGGGGGUGUGACAGCGAUGGAUAUCGAGGAUGACGUCGGAGAACUUAUCGAUUUGAUCAAUUAAACAAAAUAAGACUACAUUCUUAAUCCUGAUCUUGCCGCCAACAUAACAUUACACUCUGUUCUUGUUGAUGAUAUUUCUUCAACACCACCGCGUAGUUGUAC